CAGCUCCGGCCGCGGGGCGGGGAGCAGCGGAUCUGCCGGGCCGCCCCGCUCCCUCCUGCGCUCCCGCUCGGGCCGGGGCCGCUCGCGCCUGCUCCGGGGCUCCCAUUUUUGACCUUUGUCUCCGCCGAGAGCGCUGCUCCCGCCUGCGCCCGCGCACGUCUGCCGCCGGCCCCCCUCGCUGCUGCACAGCUGCAUGCCCGCCGCCGUCUCCGCACAUCUGGAUUCGCUGGAGUCUCGGGCCUUCCAUGCGCUGCGGGUGCUGCCCUAUAUGUUUUACGUGGGCUUGUUCUUUGUCAACGUGCUGAUCCUGUACUAUGCGUUUCUCAUGGAGUACAUCGUCCUCAACGUAGGCAUCGUCUUCCUGCCCGAGGACAUGGACCAGGCGCUGGUGGAGCUGGGCGUGCUGUCGGACCCCGGCUCCGUGCUCUACGACACGGACAGCGAGCUGGACGUCUUCGAUGGCUACCUGGAGUGAGCGGCCCCGGCCCCGGCCGCUGCUCGCCGGGGCUGGGGCGGGGGCCGGCCAGAGGCGGCCCCGCCAGCACUAUGGUAGAAAUCACCUGCGUCCAGGGCCGUCCCUGAGGGGGGUGAGAAUCGGGGUGACCACCCUGGGCCCCGCACUUUGGGGGGCUCUGCGGACAGUGCCAUACAGGCCCCGUUGCGGAUGCCACACACUACCACUGUCGAGCGCUGCUGGUUGUGCCACUGCCAAGUGCUGCCGGCUCCGGCCACUCGCCACCCCCUCAUUUCUUCUCCCCUGCUCCCCAAUCCACUGGCUGUGUCCACUCUCCACUGGGCCCUGCACACCCCUAUGGACAGCUCUGCAUCAGUGAGUCAGCAGAGCUCAUGUAACUCUUUCUCACCAGGAUAAACACCUGAGAAGAAGAUUUGUUGCACACUUGAGAACACGCUAGGACCAGAAUUGUGGAGCAAGUUGGGAAAAAGAAACUAUGGCCUGGAGUGUUCAAAACUGGAGGAAUAUGCAAGAGGCAGCAUGGGACAACCUGAGGAGUUUGCAUCAGGAUGUUUUGUCUGUGACUUUUCCAUGACCACUGGAUGUGGGUGGAUACUCUAACUGCUAUGGUUUGCGUGUGGCACCAGGCUUCCCUAAGGAACUCUAGAUGGACUUUAUGGACAUGUAUUAAAAUGGAUUCUCUUAUUACUAGAAACAAAGCUAUUACUUAGAUUUGAUAAACUUUUGAAUACUGUGUCACCCAAAUGGAAAAUCUCUAUUUACUGUUCAUCAAGUGUAAAAUACAUCACUUUACUGGCCAACAGUUCAGAGGGUCAGUUCUACCAUUGGCAUGUAUCCUGAAAUGACAUAAAGAUGAGUUAUUUUUAGAUCAGUCAUACAGAAAAGGAAAAGGAUUGUUUUGUAAGAUUUUCAAAUUGUGAACCUUGUAGUAGGCCAGCAGGAGAAAAUCUAAUGUAAAUCAGGAAGAUUAAUCAUCUUACACAGGAUAUUUUGUGGAUUGUUUACGUUCAGGUUCUUAUGUGCACAUAAGCAAUACAUUAAAGAGUGAUCUCUUUCGGGUAAAAAGUG